CAAUUGGUUGUCGACUUUAGUUUAGUUUUUCGCGUUUCUGGCCGCAGUUCUCGCGAAUUAUAGUCUAACCAAAUAUAUAUUUCAAACGGAAAUUGAAAUGUUCGGCCUGCGUUUGGCUGUCCUCGGAGCGUUCUGCCUGUGUGUCGUGUUAGCGGCUCCACGGCAGGAACCGGAAGUGGUGCCACCAUCCACUCUUGCAGGACCAGAACCCUACGAAUACAGAUUGUCAACGAACAUAAUUCCGUACAACUACAAUAUCACAUUGCGGCCGUACUUGCUGGAGAGCGAUGAAAAACGUUUCACUUUCGAUGGUGAGGUAUUCAUCGAAAUUGAACCGCUCACGACGACACAGCUCUUGUCGUUCCACUCGAAAAAUUUGACCUAUAAGUUGUCUGAAUACUGGAAAAAGCCAGCAACACGUGGUGAAAUAGUAAAUCCAAUUAAGUUGGACGAGUCAACGUUAACGCACGACUUGGUAACUGAUAUUAAAAAUCAGACCACAUCCGAACCUCUUCUGGCCAACAAUCGUUAUAUUUUGCAUUUCGUAUAUACGGGACUGAUGGAAGAUGAUAUGCAUGGUUUCUAUCGCAGCUACUAUGUGAAUGAUAACAAUGAGACCAAAUGGUUGGGUUCCACACAGUUCCAGACAAAUCACGCACGUCGUGCUUUCCCCUGCUUCGAUGAGCCACAGUUCAAGGCGACCUUCGAUGUGAACUUGCAGCGUCAUAACAGCUUCAAUACUGUUAGUAAUACAAGGCUCGUAUCCUCAACGCCUCUGGAUAAUGGCCAAUACUUUUUGGAUGUAUAUAAGACCACGCCCAAAAUGUCUACCUAUUUACUGGCCUUCAUUAUCUCGGAGUUCUCCAUACGCAAGGACGACAAAUUCGGUGUGCUAGCACGCCCCGAGUUUUACACGCAAACGCAAUAUAGCUUCAACGUGGGUCGUGAAAUUCUGGAUGCGAUGAGCAAAUAUUUGGCCAUGGACUACUACUCGCUGGGCAAUGAUAAAAUGGAUAUGGCGGCCAUACCCGAUUUCUCAGCUGGUGCCAUGGAAAACUGGGGACUGCUCACCUACAGAGAGCGCAGUCUGCUGGUGGAUGAGACCGCCACGACGCUAGCAUCCCGCCAAUCGAUUGCUGCUGUUGUCGCACACGAACAGGCUCACAUGUGGUUCGGUGAUCUGGUCACCUGCAAAUGGUGGAGUUACACCUGGUUGAAUGAGGGCUUUGCCAGAUAUUUCCAAUAUUUUGGCACCGCCAUGGUCGAAAAGGAGUGGGAACUGGGCGCACAGUUUGUGAUCGAUCAAGUACAAUCGGUAAUGGGAAUGGAUUCGACAGAAGCCACAAAUCCCAUGACCGACGAGAACACUUACACUCCGGCCGAUCUGAGCCGGAUGUUUAAUAGCAUCUCCUACAAUAAGGGUGCCACCUUUAUACGUAUGAUUGAGCACACAAUGGGCACCGAAAACUUCCAGAAAUCUCUGCGGGAGUACCUCAUCAAAAACCAAUAUGAGUCAUCGAUACCGGAAGACUUGCUGAAUGCCUGGCUUGCCAACUGGCCCGUUGAUCAGUUCAAGGCAAAUGCGACAGAGAUCUUCAACAGCUUUACCACCCAAGUGGGCUAUCCACUGAUCAAUGCUGAGCUGAGUGCCGAUGGCAAAACCGUUAAGUUCGACCAGAGGCGUUUCCUGCUCAAGCAAAAUGACAGCGCCGACGCCACGUUAGUCUACACAGUGCCAAUUAGCUACACCACCAAUCUGGAAAAGAACUUUACCAAUACAAAGCCUAAGCUGGUGCUGGCCUCAAAUGCUCAAGCGUCCGUUCUGUUGCCCGAUGGCGUCACCUGGGUGCUGGCGAACAUUCAGGAGACGGGCUACUAUCGUGUCAAUUACACUGAGAAGAACUGGCAUGCAAUUCAUGCGGCGCUUACCAGCAGCAACUGGGGCGAUAUACAUGAGGUAAAUCGCGCCCAGGUGGUUGAUGACCUACUCAAUUUGGCACGCGCUGGAUACAUUAGCUACGAACUCACACUGAAGGUGAUCGAGUAUCUGGAAACGGAAAUCAAUUAUAUACCUUGGACAUCGGCAUUCAAUGGCUUCAACUUUUUGUCCAUACGCCUGGGCACAGAUACCGACCACUUCAGCACAUACAUUCGCCAGCUGACCAACAAGGCCUACAGCACGCUAGGCUUCGAGGAGAGCAGCCAGAACUCGGCGCUUGAAAUCUAUUUGCGCACAAAGGUUCUGUCCUGGAGCUGUCGCUAUGGCAAUGUUGAUUGCAUCAACAGGGCCAAGAGCUAUUUCAGGUCACUGUCAACUGUGCCCAAGAACAUCCGCUCCGUGGUCUACUGUGUGGCGCUGCGUGAGGGCAGCACCGCCGAGUUCGAUUCCCUGUACGCGAAAUUCAAGACCGAAAAGGUGGCCACCGAAGAGACUCUGCUGCAGAACUCGUUUGGCUGUGUGAAGGAAGCGUCGCUCAUUGAACGUGUCUUCAACUUGGUUUUGAGCGAUGAGAUUCGUCGCCAGGACAAAUCCUCAGUGCUGAGCACCCUGUACACCGAGAACAACGAGAAUGUGAGCCCCGUCUUCAAGCUGGUCACCGCCAAUUCCGAUGCAUUGGCCGAAGCCAUGGGUGGCUACUCCUCGGUGGCCACAGUCAUCUCCAACAUUGCGGCACGCUUCACCGAGCAAUCGCAGCUGGAUGAACUGCAGAAGUUCACUACUGUUAACAGCGCCAAGUUUGGCAGCUCCGCAAGCACGUUGCUGACAGCCGAGAAGACCGUCAAGGAGAAUCUAGCCUGGGCCGAGACCAAACUGGGCUCCUUCCGCACCUAUUUGGCCAAGCGCAACGGCAGCGCCAUGUUGAGUGGCUUCAGCCUGUUCACCUUGCUGCUGGUGGCCCUGGUCACGUUGCUGCGUUAAGGCCACAUUGGCCUAUUGGCCAUAUUGGAAUUGCCGCCGUCGUCUAACUGUAAAAGUAUUUGUACGUCUAACGCCUGUGCAGCAGGCCAUAAAGCAGCCCGAUAAGCGAGCUUUGAAUAAAACUACGUUGACUUUAGCUUAUAAUAAAACAA